AUUCCUCAGAGAUAGUUCAGUCGCGUCAGCCUCUUCACAACCUCACCGUCACUGUCCUCGCCGGUGAAGGAAGCGACCACUAUCGUCACACUCAUCGCCGGGAAAUACGCUGGCACGGAAGUUGACCACUCCAUCUCCUUCCCUAGUAGACACUUGCUCCUCGUUCCUGAAGAAGUAAAAUCCAGUACUGAGAGAGCUCACUCUAUAGACUCCGUUUCCAUCACCAUGGCUAUGGCAAAAUUUGAUAAGCGUGGGUCAAGAAAUGCUGAGAAAUUUAGCUCCGUGUUCACUCUAGCUGAGAUUCUUGAAAUGGACACUCUAUACACAGAGAUAGAAGAGCAAUCACUUGGUCAGCAAUUUUGCCAAGACCUUGCAAUGAGUUUUAGUGGUGCAGCUAGUCGUUCUGGAAAAUCUACAGUAACAUGGGAACAGGUACAAAAAUGGUUUUGGGAUAAGCAUAAAACACUGCACCCAGAAAGUUCCUCACCUGCUGCCCUCGAUUUAGUUGUUGAUCUUAAUCCAUCUACUCCAAACAAUCCGCCUGAAAGCCCUAAAAAAACUAUUCAAGGUGACAGUGUCACGAGUUUUCACGAAUUGGCAUGUGAAGCUAGACCAGCAAAAGAUGACAACACCACGAGUUUUCACGAGUUGGCAUUUGAAGCUAGAUCAGCAAAAGGUGACAACAUCAUGAGUUUUCACGAGUUGGCAUUUGAAGCUAGAUCAGCAAAAGAUAAUGCAUGGUACGAUGUUGCUUCAUUUCUCACCUACAGAGUUGUUAUCACUGGUGAACUUGAAGUUCGAGUGAGGUUUUCUGGUUAUCAUAAGGAAGACGAUGAGUGGGUGAACGUGAGAACAAGAGUGCGAGAGCGAUCUAUUCCAUUGGAACCUUCCGAGUGUCACAAGGUUAAGGUCGGGGAUCUUGUCCUCUGCUUCCAGGAAAGAGACGAUCAUGCAGUCUACCAUGAUGCCUAUGUUGUGGCGAUCCAUAGAAAACAACAUGAUCUGAAUAGCUGCCAGUGCAGUUUUGUGGUUCGAUAUGAUGACGAUAACACUCAGGAAAAUGUACAUUUGGGAAGGAUAUGUUGCAGGCCAGCAGGAUCUGGUUCUUUAGCCAAUGCAAAUACCCAGAAUGAAAUAUGUAAGGAUGAGAAUUGGAAGAUGUCUUUUCUUUAUUGAGGGGUUUUUAUUUCCUGUUUCCUUUUGGAUUUGGUGUAUGACUUGUAAAAAGGUGUUUGGCUAUUGAUGCAUUCUGAUGGCAUGGAUUUGGCAUUGAAGAAAUAGAUGAGAAUCAAGUAAGAAAAUUAUUAUUUGUAUUAA